AUGAAAAAGAAGAAAAUCACUUCGACUUACGACAAGAAAUGUCACUUCGACUUACGACAAGAAAGGUUUUUAAUUGCUUCCUUUUGUCUACCUUUUCUUUAUCAUUUCCACAUUUUCUUUCUUUUUCUGUCUUCUUUUUCAUUUUCUUACAUUUCUUCUUUUUAUCCAUUCAUUUUCAUAUCUUUCUUUCUUGUAUUCCACCUUUUUUCUUUCUUUCUUUCUUUUCUUCCAUCUUAUACUUUCUUACUUCUUUUCUUUCUUUCUUUAUUUCUCCUUUUCCACCUUUUUCCUUCUUUCUUUCUUUCUUUUCUUCUACCUUAUUAUUUCUUAAUUCUUUUCUUUCUUUCUUUCUUUCUUUCUCGUUUACUACCUGUUCCUUCUUUCUUUCUUUCUUUUCUUCCACCUUCUUCUUUCUUACUUCUUUUCUUUCUUUCUUUCUUUCUUUCUUUCUUUCUCGUUUUUACCUUUUCCUUCUUUCUUUCUUUCUUCCACCUUUUAUUUUCCUUCUUCUUUUUUUUUUUUCUCCUUUUCCUCAUUUUUCCUUCUUUCUUUCUUUAUUUCUUUCUUUUUUCUUUCUUUCUUUCUUUCUUUUCUUCCACCUUCUUCUUUCUUACUUCUUUUCUUUCUUUCUUUCUUUCUUUCUCGUUUUCUACCUUUUCCUUCUUUCUUUCUUUCUUCCACCUUAUUCUUUCCUUCUUCUUUUUCUUUUUUCUCCUUUUCCUCAUUUUUCCUUCUUUCUUUCUUUAUUUCUUUCUUUCUUUCUUUCUUUCUUUUCUUCCACCUUCUUCUUUCUUACUUCUUUUCUUUCUUUCUUUAUUUCUUUCUUUCUUUCUCGUUUUCUACCUUUUCCUUCUUUCGUUCUUUCUUCCACCUUAUUCUUUCCUUCUUUUCUUUUUUCUCCUUUUCCUCAUUUUUCCUUCUUUCUUUCUUUCUUUCUUUCUUUCUUUCUUGUCUUCCACUUUUUCUUUCCCUUUUCUUCCUUUUCCUCUAUUUUCUUUUCAUCUUUCUUUCUUUCUUUCUUUCUUUCUUAUCGUCCAAUUUUAG